UGAUGAAACAUGAAUUCUCGGGGGGUUUUUUAUUCAAUGAUAAUAAAAUCUAAUCACCUCAAUGAUGCGUCUUAUCUCAUUAUUUAUCACUGUCAGUUGACCACACAGUUCCUGCACAUUGUUCCCUUUUAACACCGUUUCCUACAGGCAGAAGUUCAGCCUGAAGUCCGUGCCCUGGACCAGUAUAAUGACUGGAAACAGUAACGGGAGCAGGGGAGACCGUGUGGCCGUAAAACACUCCUUUCUUCUGGCUUCAUUAGCCUGCCUGCCGCCCUCCCACUUGCUGCUUCAUCAUUGGUCCAAACGACCCAUCAAUCUAUCAAGGUCCGGCUUCCCUUCGUCAAGUUUGAAACUUUUUUUUCUGCAGUUUCACAAGUGGGCGGAUUCGGGUUACAGCGAACUCUUGUAACCGAUCUCUCCCCGGGGCAGCGGCCAAGGGAAGAAAACACUCUCUCAAUAAUUCAAACAUCUGUGCCAGUUACAAGGUUGCAGGACAAAACAGGGGCGACGCGACCACGGAGAAGUUUGAAUCGAGGAGUUAAAACAAACAAACAAACAAAGGAAACAUGCUGUGAUGCCACUGGUCCCUCUGCCGUCAGGAUGGAGAGCUGAACGUUUUUUAAUCCAGAUUAACUGAUCAUUUCGUUGGCUGAUCGCUCCUCCGAGGAAGACUUUACCAUGGACUCAUUCAGCACCAAGAGCCUGGCCCUGCAGGCGCAGAAGAAGGUGAUGAGCAAGAUGGCCACCAAGAGCGUGGCCAACCUGUUCAUCGACGACACCAGCAGCGAGGUGCUGGACGAGCUGUACCGCGUCACCAAAGAGUACACCCGGAACCGCAAGGAGGCCCAGAAGGUCAUCAAGAACCUGAUCAAGAUCGUGGUGAAGCUGGGCGUGCUCUACAGGAACAAUCAGUUCAGCAGCGAGGAGCUGCUGCUGGUGGAGAACUUCAGGAAGAAAGUCCACACUCUGGCCAUGACGGCGGUCAGUUUCCACCAAAUUGAGUUCACCUUCGACCGCCGCGUGAUGAGCGCCAUCCUAAACGACUGCCGCGAACUGCUGCACCAGGCCAUCAGACGCCACCUGACGGCCAAGAGCCACUCCCGGGUCAACCACGUCUUCAAUCACUUCGCCGACUCCGACUUCCUGGCCGCUCUGUACGGACCCUCGGAGGUGUACCGCGCCCACCUGCAGCGGAUCUGUAACGGUGUCAACAAGAUGCUGGACGACGGGAACCUCUGACCUCGGUUUGAGACCCCCGUCAGACACCGUUACCUCCGGUCACCCUCGUGUAUCGACCUUUUUACAUUUUUUAUUUUGAAGGUGACAAUCGUCCAGAACAUUUUGAAUUUUUGUCCUUUUAACGGUUUGCGAUUGUGUGUUCUGAUUUUCACAUUUUAUUAUAACACUGUGAUUCUUCCGGCUAGUUAUUCCAAAGACGGCGUCUUCACCAGCCUGAGUGCUAACACAAACCAGCAGUUAGUCUUUUUUUAUUUUCCAGUGAAUGUAAGGUUUCAUCCUCUUCAGUAUAUUCAGGGGGAGGAGGUCUGACAACUGUGCCGUCGACAGGCUCUUCACAGUUUUUUGGGGUUUUUUUUUUUCUUCAUUUCAAGGGCACUACGCCGGCUCUGUUUUUAUUCUAAAAGACAUGAAUCCAGGCUCAGGCCUCCAGCUUCUUCUCAGUCGGGUGCCUUUUUAAUGGACCACAAGUUUCCUUAAGUGAAAAGAAAAAAAAAAGCUCUUUUUUUUUUUUCUUCCAGUAUCUGAGUCAAAGAGUGUGUUGUGUUUUUAAGUAUUUGUAAAAGUAGUAUUGCACUCCGCCCUGAAGAAGCGCUGUAACGUGUUCCCCUGCAGCAGUGAAACAUGGCUGCAGGUUCGUGAAGGGUCUCGCCAUCCUGCACUGAAAUCCAUUUUGUGAAGAAACUAAGUUUUGAAGGGUCUGGGGGGGGGUAGAAGUCCUCUAAAAAUGUUUCCAGUUUAAAUUGUCAGUUUUACAACGACCACAACAAGGAUGAAGUAUUUGGCUGAUGAUGGAAGACGACGACGAUGUCUUCAAGUUCAUCGCUCGGCCUCGAGGCGCUAACGUAGCUCUGGCAGCUGCGUUUGACAUUUUCAGAUUAUUCUACGUCACGUUCCCUGCU